AUGAGGAAAGAAGAUCUGCCGAAGGUUCACGAGUUACUGACUGUGCUGGACUGGAACAUGGAAAAGGCGUAUCUAGACUGCGCAAUCAAGACUGACCCCCGGGGAUUCGUAGUGGCAGAAACACCGUCAAAAAAACUCAUCGGUUGCCAUGGUUUUCUUGCACAUGGUCCGUCCAUGACCAACAUGGGAUUGUGGGUAGUGGACAAAAGUUACCAGGAUGAUCAGGUAGGUCAUCAGUUGUUUGGAGAACUCUGUACCAGAUUUCCUAUAGGUACAAACAUCGGUACCUUUAUCUGGUCUCAUUAUGUUGAUAAGAUUAAGGAACGCUAUGGUAUUAGCGUCCAAAAAUCAUACAGCACCUGGUAUAAUUACGGACUCAUCAACCCCGACACUUUAAAACCUUGUACUGAGGAAAAUUUCCAAGUUCUAUCUGUUUCGGAUAUCGAUAUGUCCGACCUUUUAUCUUACGAUGCAGAAAUCCACAAAGUUCCACGCGAGGUAUAUAUAAGGAAUUGGAUUCAUCAUGACCAGUCAAAGGCCUAUGUUGCCGUGCGGAAUAACAAAGUAUGUGGUUAUGGUGUACUUCGGUCACAAGAUUCGUGCAAUCAGAUCGCUCCGCUUUACGCUGAUGAUAAAGACAUUGCUAAAGCGAUCGUUCGUAACUUAGUCAAACAUAUACCAGGACAGAUCGUAGGAUUCUCCAGUCCCCAUCAGAACUCGUCUGCGACUGAAUUCGCCAAAGCCAAUAAUAUGAUGAAAAGUGAAAAGACUUUGUUGAUGGUGUAUUUAAGACCAGGUGUCUCUGUGAACACUGACAGAGUCUACGCUGUCUCCUCGAACUCGUUUGGAAACUGCUGA